UCCUUUUUCUUAAAAUCAUCAGUAGUUAAGAUGUUUUACAAACCCCUCGUCCUUAGGGUUUAUCUUACCGCCAUCAAAACGAACCUCUAAUCUAUGAUCAAAUGUGAAGUUUCUACAGAUUACCAAUAUUGCAGAGAAAAAAGGAUGGAAGCCAGAGUGGGGAUGUCAGCUCGCGGCGGCAGCGUUGCAGAGGGCGGGUCGUUUCUGCCGCAGCACCACCACCAGCGUCUGAAACACCACCAGUAUCACACGCACCAGCACCCACAGAAUUCGCAGACGCAAAUCGGAACUGUGCCGCAGCUUCUUGCCGGUGGUAUUGCCGGAGCUUUCAGCAAGACAUGCACUGCCCCCUUAGCUCGUCUCACGAUUCUGUUUCAGGUCCAAGGCAUGCAUUCGGAUGUGGCAGUGUUAAGUAGACCAAGUAUAUUCCGUGAGGCUUUGCGGAUUGUAAAUGAAGAAGGAUUCAGAGCUUUCUGGAAGGGAAAUCUUGUCACUAUUGCUCACAGACUUCCGUAUUCUUCAGUCAACUUUUACGCUUAUGAACACUAUAAGAAAAUCCUGAAAUCUAUUCCAGGCUUGUAUGGUAAUGAGAGACAUGCUAGUGCAGAUGUACUUGUGCAUUUUGUAGGUGGUGGUUUAGCUGGAAUGACAGCUACCUGUGCCACCUACCCUUUGGAUCUUGUCAGAACAAGGUUGGCAGCACAGAGGAGUACAAUUUAUUAUCAGGGCAUUUCCCAUGCCAUCAGCACCAUCUGUAGGGAUGAGGGCUUCUUUGGGCUGUAUAAAGGACUUGGAGCAACAUUAUUGAGUGUUGGACCUAGUAUAGCAAUAAGCUUCUCUGUUUAUGAAUCUUUGAGAUCUCAGUGGUUAGCUCACAGGCCUGAUGAUCCCAAUCUUCUCAUUAGUCUUACUUGCGGAAGUCUUUCGGGAAUCGCAUCAUCUACAGUGACAUUUCCUUUAGACCUAGUGAGGCGACGAAUGCAGUUGGAAGGAGUGGCUGGGCGUGCACGCGUGUACCACAGUGGUCUGUUUGGGGCAUUUAGGCACAUAAUUCGAACCGAAGGUUUCCGAGGGUUUUAUAGAGGGAUUAUGCCCGAGUACUACAAAGUUGUCCCUGGUGUGGGAAUUGUUUUCAUGACGUACGAGGCACUGAAGAAGUUUUUAUCUGAAUCUCCCUUUGCUUGAUUGAUUUUCAUCUUUGGAAAUUCGAACGGUUCUGCAAGUUCCCAUGCUCUGAGAGGCCCUCCGAUGGAGAAAACAGUUUUGCGCGCUAUUAAAAUGCUAAGCUAGAAAAGUUGAAAAAUAUUGAGUAGGUAAAUUAUAACACUCCCAUGUUGUCUCUAUUAUCUUAGCAUCGAACUUUUAUUUUUCACUGUGUAUAGCCCAUUAGCUCCCCACCCCACAUUGAAGUGUUGUCCUACAUAAUUGCGGCACUUUUUUUUGGCCCUUUUUGUUUAUUUUCAGGAGUCCUGUAGCUUAGCAUUUUAUUUUCUGAAGAAACUCCAGAUGAAUUUUGUUAGCUGAUGCGUUUCUUUUGGGCUUUGUAUUGACAGUGAAAUAUUAUUAAUUAAAUUU